CGUCUUUUUUUUUGUUUCACUUUUGUGUUUUCUUCGAGAUCCGCAAAAUUCUUCUUCUUCUUCUUUCCACCACGCGACCUGCUUUCACUUUUACCAAGCGCGCUUUUGCUUGUCUCCUCUGUUUUCUUCCCUCCCUUUCAUCCAUUUCAACUCUACCUCUCCCGCUUCUCGUUUUGCGUGAAACAACAACGUUUUUUUUUUUGAAACAGAUUUCAACCAUGAACUUCCUUGCCGAUUCCUCCUUCCUUGCCACCUCUGCCCCGCAGACCCCCGCAUCUGCAUCCUUGAACGUGUCUGCCAUGUCGAUGGGCAGCCGUGGCAGCUCCCGCACCUCGACUGGCCGCCGCCCCAGCUCUGGCGCCGACCGUUUCAUUGCCAACCGCAACUCGAUGGACCUCGAGCUGAGCAACUUCCACCUGCUCCGCGACUCUCCCUUCACUGCCUCGAGCGUCGAGGGAGCCGCGUCGGUUGAGGCCUCCCCUGUCGCCACCGCUGCCGCCGCCGAGUCCUCCCCUUCGCGCAAGCGCAGCCGUGCCGAGAUGUCCCAGCUCCUUUUCAGCGAGGCCGCCGAGUCCAGCAUUCUCGCUCUCAAGCAGAAGGUUGUUUCGCUCCCCCUGACGACCGUCGAUGCCAACGCCACUAGCGCUCGCACUGUGACUGGCAAGACCAAGCAGACCAUGCGUGUCGUUCCCCAGGUGCCCGAGAAGACUCUUGAUGCCCCCGGCAUGCACGACGACUUUUUCAUGAACGUCCUCGACUGGAACUCGAACAACCUCCUCGCUGUCGGUCUGUCCAACAGCGUCUACGUCUGGAACGCCUCGAGCGGCUCGAUCUGCCGUCUCCUCGAGCUCAAGGACGACGCCCACGUCACCUCCCUCAAGUGGAGCGAGGCUGAUAACUACCUUGCUGUCGGAUCGAGCGACUCGAGCGUUGCCAUCUACGAUGUCAACCGCGAGAAGCAAAUCCGCAACAUGGUCGGUCACCAGGGCUCUGUUCCCGCUCUGUCGUGGCGCUCGCACAUCCUGACCAGCGGCUCGACCUCUGGUGCCAUCCACAACCACGACGUUCGCCUCCCCAACCACCACGUCGGCACCUACUCUGCUCACACUGGCGCUGUUUGCAACGUCUCUUGGUCCCCUGACGGCACUCAGCUUGCCAGCGGUGGCAACGACAACUCUGUCUUUGUCUGGGACGGCGUGACCUCGCUCUCCAGCUCGACCCCCGCCCACAGCCUUGAAGGCCACGGUGCUGCCGUGAAGGCUCUGGCCUGGUCUCCCAUGCAGGCCAACCUGCUCGCCACUGGCGCCGGCCUUGCUGACCGCCACAUCCGCUUCUGGAACACUGCCAACGGCGCCCUCAUGAACGUCAUCGACACUGGUGCCCAGAUCUCCUCGCUCAUGUGGUCCAAGAACCACAAGGAGAUUGUCGCGUCGCACGGCCUGCCCAGCAACCGCCUCACGAUCUGGAAGUACCCCACCCUCCAGAUGGUUGCCGAGCUCAACGGCCACCAAGGUCGCGUUCUUCACAUGGCCAUGUCCCCUGACGGUGAGACUGUUGUGUCGGCCUCCAGCGACGAGACUCUUCGCUUCUGGAAGUGCUUCGCCUCGGCCCCCGCCGCCAAGAAGUCCAACCAGUCCACUGGCGUCCUCUCCAAGUGCGCUGGCCAGCUCAACCCUUCCUCGCUGGCUGCCGCCAUUGCCACCUCCGUCGGCAUCAAGGACCGCAUCCGUUAAAAUUCCCAUUUGGAUUUUAUUUUUUACGAGAAAUACGAUUCAGA